AAAGUUUUAAUCAUUUCAGAGAUACAUUAAGAGAAUAAAUGUCUUUUUUUGAAAUACAUAUAUAAACAAUCUAACUGUACAUAUUUUUUAUAUGCUUUUAUAUGCGUAUACGUUUAUUUGUCUGCAAUAUUCUGAUUACUAAGCUCAGUAUGCUGUACAAUGAUUAAAAAUGGUGCUGCAUACUGACAGCGGAACGCAACAAUAACACUGAAUACUGUUGUUAAAUGUAAAUGUUGUGUCUCUCUGGAUAAAUACGGUUUAGUUAGACAUUUUCAGAAUACGAAAAAAGAUGUACAUCGUUUUGGAAAAUUUACUCAUCUUUCUUCAUGUGAUCAUAGAAUUUUUCGUCAUAGAUAUAUUCUGUAUUGGUACUGGUGCAUGGAACGAGCAGUUUCUUUCCACUGUCAGAGAAAUGAAUGAAUCGCCAAAUUUAUGCCAACAAGGCAGACAUCAGUCACCAAUUAAUAUCUUGACCACUAAUCUUGUAUAUGAUCAUUCGUUGCCUGUAAUGGAAAUAGAAGGGUUAGAAAAGCAACUUGAGUUGAUUGUGGAAAAUUCUGGAUAUGAUGUACGCAUCAGUCUAACCAGUGAAUCAGUACAGCUAAAUGGUGGUCCAUUUUCAUAUGUCUAUCAAAUCGCCUUCAUGCACAUUAAAUUUGGAUCUACGUCAAGUCAAGGAUCAGAACAUAAAAUCAAUGGUAAAGCAUUCCCAGGAGAACUACAAAUUUAUGCAUUUAACAGUGAUUUAUAUCACAAUUUUUCGCAUGCAUCUCAUCGUCCAAAUGGAAUAUUAGCCGUCAGUGUCUUUUUCAAAAUUGGAAAUAUGACAAACAAAGAUCUACUGGGUGUUGUGGCUGCAGCUGAGCAAACAAUUUUUAAAGGAGAAAGAUUCCAACUGAAAGGUCUUGAACUACGUUCUUUAUUAACAUCAACUCAUGAGUUUAUGACUUAUGAAGGAUCACUGCCGUUUCCUCCAUGUCAAGAAACAGUAACCUGGAUUAUACUCAACCAUCCAAUAACCAUUAGUGAAACUGAAUUAAAAACCCUUCGACGACUACGUGUUGCAAACACACUAUGGUCAGGAUCAAUGGCUGACAAUUUUCGACCAGUUCAAGCUAUUAAUAAUCGAUCAGUUCGUACAAAUAUAAAUUUUCAUAGUCCGCAUGAAGCUUGUAAUGUACGCAAACAAGUCUCUUACACCGCAAAUAUAGCCCAAGUAUGAAAUGUAUAGUCACGCAUGAUACAUAGAUCAACAAACAACAGAACGACUGGAUUUCGUCUUCUAACACAAUCUGAUCUUUAAAAAUUCAGGUGAUCAUAUCCAGAUUAUUAAUAAAAGAAGCUGUGGAAAUGUCUUUUGCAAAAACAAAAUCUCAAACAACCAAAAUUACAUUUCCAUUUGUAUCAUAGUAAUAAUAGUAAUAAUAAUAACAACAAUUAUUGUUGAAAGUUCCUUUUCUUUUUUAUUCAUAUAUCACACAUAUUCCUUUGUACAAUUUUACAUCUUAUAAUAAAAAGUGUUACAUUUAACACAAUUAUAAACACAACAAUAAUGCAGUAUGCAAGAUAAAAGUAAAAAUAAACUUGAACCAAAAUGAGUCUUAUUCACCUUUCAUGUUUACUUUCUUCUGCAUCGUUUACAAAGAAACUUUGAGAACUUUGAGGUUUCACCUUACAUUAAUUACACUGCCCUUUUUUUCACUGCAAUGAGAUACAUACCCCUUUGAAUAUUGUGGGCCACCUAAGCAAAUGAUGAGAGUAUGAAAAUAAUACCAAGGAUAGAAAUAAAUCCCAUUUGGGUUCACUGGCAUUAUAAGUUCUAGAUGCUGACGUGCUGUGAGACAGCGGACUCUUUAAGUACCAUUUCCAUUUAAAUCUCGAUUUUUUUCAUUAUCAAUAUACAUGUAUUCCUAUCGUUCAAAUGAAAUAAAAC